AUGUUGGUGGAAUUAGUUACGAUAAAAGAUAUAUCUGUUUAUGAUUUUAAAAUUUAUUGUGAUGAUAAAGUGGCAUUUGACCUCACACCAGCUAUUAUAACUGGAUCUACCACCAGAAAUGAAUUAGAUACCUUUACUAACGAGAAUAUUGCAUUCGCAUUCUAUACUGAAGUAUUUACUGGAGUUGAUAAACCUACAGACCUUAUAG